AGAUCUUCUGUCAAUGAGGUAACAAACAGAAAAUUAAAAAAUUAGAGGCUCAAGUUGUUGAAAAACGUGUGAAUCCUAACUAUUGACUUAUUGAAAAUGGAAUCUGAGCAACCAUUCUCAAAUUUAAAGAUAUCAUCCUCUGACUUUCUGGAUACUCUGCAGGGUCGCAGUGAAUGUCCAAAAUGUAAUAAAUCACGGAAAUACUAUUGUUACACAUGCUAUGUACCUGUUGACCAACUGCAAGGAAAACUUCCUUAUGUACAGCUACCAAUUAAAAUUGACAUAAUUAAACAUCCAAGUGAAGUAGAUGGUAAAAGCACAGCUGCCCAUGCUAAAUUAUUGGCGCCAGAUGAUGUGACUGUGUUUACCUAUCCUUGUAUACCAGAUUACCCUAGAGAUGGAUCAGUUGUUUUGGUAUUUCCUGGUGAUAACUCACUAACAUUAAGGGAGUUAGCCAAUCAGAAGGAUAUAAAACGAAAUGAAGACAAGGGCAGUUUAUUAUGCAAAGAUUCUCACAUAGAAUCUCAAGAUCAUAACUGUGAUGAAUCUAAACCUUUGUCUCAUACUGCUAAGGAGGAAAACGAUAGUUCUGAUAAUCCUAGGAAAAUAUCUGACAAUAUUUUAGGGGAAGUAACUCCAGCCAUGUCGACAGAAACACUAUCUGGAGAAUUACCAAAAUCUGAAAGCUGUAUUGUGAAAAGAAAAUUUGAGAAUGAUUGUGAAGCUGUUACAUCAAUUGAAAAAGGAGUGUUUAAGAGAGCUGUGUUUAUAGAUAGUACAUGGAAUCAGACCAAUAGAAUAUCCACUGAUGAAAGACUGAAGGGACUACCAUAUAUAAUGCUUAAAGACAAAGAAUCCAAGUUUUGGAGACAUCAAAAAGAAAAUCCUCCGUCAUAUUUAUCCACAAUUGAAUCCAUUUAUUAUUUAGUGUGUGACUAUCAUGAAAUGUUUAUAUCAGUCAGCUAUGAUGGGGAUUAUGACAAUUUGAUGUUUUUCUUUUCAUAUAUGUACAAUAAAAUACAUGGGUUAUAUAAAGGAAGAACAUUGAGAGCAGACACAGAUAGAGAGAAAAACAAGAAAUAAAAUUAAUAUUGUACUGUGUGGAAAACAGAUUGUUGUUUUUAUUAUACCACAAAUUCAUAAGGAUACCUUGUAUAUUUGCAAUAGCUGCCAAGGUAAUUGUCCAUGUUUAGACACAAUGAUUUUUUUCACAAUAAUUACAGUUAUAGUUGACCACUACUUUAUUGUAUAGGUUUUGCUCAUUGUUGCAGUUGUACAAUGGCCUAUAAGCAUAAUUGUAAUUUUUUUGUGUCAUUUUGUCUAUUGUGGAGAAUUGUGUUAUUGGCAAUCAUCCCACCUCUUCUUAAUUUUGUAUAUGAUUGUCUCAUGUGAAAGCCUUGUGGGGGACAUAUAAAUACUGUGGGUCUGUACAUCAGUCUGGUCUUGUUAGCAUGCUCAUGUAUACAAGUCUUGCCAUUUUUUUUUUAAAACUAUUAUUAUAGGUUUAUAUCACCAUUGUCUUCCAUAAGUUCAAAGAUCAGUUGCCGAUUAUUUGAGUCAUCCCCUUGAAAAUAUUCAUUCUAUAGAAAAUUGCCUUAUUAGCUAAGUCAUGUAAGAAUUUUAUGAAACUUGUAUCAUAGGUUUAUACCAGCAAUAUCUUUGACAACGUGCAAAAUCAGAUCCAUUAAUUUUUAAAAUGUUUGCCCCUUGGAAAUAUUUAUUACAUGGAAAAUUGUGAUGUUAGCACUCUCAUGUGUAUAAUUUUUGCUUGAUUUUUAUGAAAUUUUUAUUAUAGAUUUAUAUAAUCACUGUCUCAGACAAAUUUGAAAAUUGGUGCAGAUCAAUUAUUUUUAAAAGACUUAGUAUGUUUCUUGGAAAUAUUAAUUGUAUGGACAAUUGCAUUGUUAUGGAUCUUAUGUACACAGUUUUUGCCAGAUUAUUAUGAAUCCUAUUUCAUAGGUCUAUAUCAGCAUUGUCUUUGACAAUUUCGAAAAUUAAUGCCGAUUAAAUAUUUUUAGCUAGUUAUGGUUAUGCCCCUUGGAAAAAUUUAUCAUAACAGAAACUGCAUUGUAGCCUUCAUUUCUCUAAGAUAUAUAUAAAUUGUUUUAAAGAACAAAAAAAAGGUGUUUGUUUAAUUAUUGCACUUUGAUUUAAAAAUAUGUGCAACACAGGGGACAUUGGAUCUCUGUUCUAUUAUAUCAGAGUUUUCUUUGCACAAAGAAAUGCUAUUAAAAUUGCUAGGAGCCU